CAGAAGAAGAAACUCAACUAAGUCAUUGGCCAGUUGUCCGACAGCCAAGAUGGCGGCCACAAUGUUGAGGUCGCUUACCAAACUAGGACGUCCUUCAACAAAAAUACUAUUAAACAAUAAUUUGCUGAGCCCUGGCUGCGUGGUCCUGCAGAACAGGCAGAAACAAUGGCAGCCAGACGUGGAGUGGACGGAGCAGUUUGCGGGGGCAGUGAUGUACCCCACUGCCAUUAAUGAGAAAUGGACACCACCCCCAUGGAAUGAUAAAGUACAACCUCCUGCAGAGAAGGAUGUGGCCAACCUGACAAUUAACUUUGGCCCUCAGCAUCCAGCAGCUCACGGUGUGCUGCGCCUCGUGUUGGAACUCAGCGGAGAGUCUGUUAAGAAAUGUGACCCACACAUUGGCCUGCUUCAUCGUGGCACUGAGAAGCUAAUUGAGUACAAGACCUACCUGCAGGUACUGAACCAGGCUCUGCCCUACUUUGAACGUCUGGACUAUGUUUCCAUGAUGUGUAAUGAGCAGGCCCACUCUCUGGCGGUGGAGAAGCUGCUCAACAUCCAAGCUCCCACCCGUGCAGAGUGGGAUCAGAUGUACUGGAAAAGCCUGACUCGCAUCCUGAACCACAUCAUGGCCGUUACCACUCACGCCCUUGACAUCGGGGCCAUGACACCCUUCUUUUGGAUGUUUGAGGAGAGAGAGAAGAUGUUUGAGUUUUAUGAGCGAGUGUCUGGAGCCAGAAUGCACGCUGCAUACGUCAGACCUGGUGGUGUUCAUCAGGAUUUGCCCCUCGGCCUGAUGGAUGACAUCUACGAGUGGUGCAAGAAUUUCUCCAUUCGAAUUGAUGAAGUAGAAGAGAUGCUGACCAACAAUCGUAUCUGGAGGAAUCGUACCGUAGACAUCGGAGUGGUUUCUUCUGAGGACGCCCUCAACUGCGGUUUCAGUGGAGUGAUGCUGCGAGGAUCAGGGAUCAAGUGGGACCUGAGGAAGUCUCAGCCGUAUGACAAGUACGAUGAAGUGGAGUUUGACGUUCCUAUUGGAAGCAAUGGAGACUGUUAUGACAGGUAUCUGUGCAGGGUGGAGGAGAUGAGGCAGUCCCUGAGGAUCAUGCACCAGGCGCUCAACAAGAUGCCAGAGGGAGAAAUCAAGGUGGACGAUGCCAAAGUGGCCCCACCCAAGAGGUCUGAGAUGAAGAUGUCCAUGGAGUCUCUGAUCCACCAUUUUAAACUGUACACAGAGGGCUACCAGGUGCCCCCAGGGGCCACAUACACAGCUGUGGAGGCACCCAAGGGAGAGUUUGGUGUUUAUUUGGUGUCGGACGGCUCCAGCAGACCCUAUCGCUGCAAGAUCAAAGCUCCCGGAUUCGCUCACUUGGCUGGUCUGGAUAAAAUGGCCAAAGGACACAUGUUGGCAGAUGUGGUGGCUAUUAUUGGUACACAGGAUAUCGUGUUCGGAGAGGUUGACCGUUAAUGUGAUGCUGCUAUAGAGGACAAUUCAUUCUUUCAUUCUCCGUUUGAGAGCUUCUCUUCCUCUUCUCUAUCCUCUCUAGUGAGGUUUUGACAGCUUAUAAUCGCUGAUGUACAAUGUCCAAAUAACCCUAAUAAAUAUUUUAUGACCCAACA